CUGGUUGUUCAACAGCCAAAGGCAGACAAAGACAGGCUGAGUGGAGUUCCUGCAGCUUUCUAAUCCCAGGUAUAUCAGAUCUGGAGGAGGGUGUGGGGAGCAGAGCCAUUGCAGCCGAGAAACCCUGUCUGGCAGCUGCUGCUGCUGCUGCUGCUGCUGAUGCCUCAGUGCUAGAGGAGAGCAGAACAGGACAACUGCUAAGAAAAAUUGCACGUUGGAGAGUUGGAUCCAAGACUGAACUGAAGCUCUGAGCAGCGGUGCAAUCGAAGAUCCUGAGAACCUCACCAUUUCUUCCCUCUAGGUGUCAUGUCUGGUAAGGAAUAUCCCUGUGGAACUAUUGCUCAGAGCAGGAGUUCCACCUUUGCAGAUGGGACAGAAGAGUCAGAGGAGAAGGGCAAACGCAUCUCACUUUGGAUCCUCAGUAGCAUCUAUCACCUCUUCUUUUUGAAUAUGUCUCUGAUUUAGCCGCAGGUGGUUUCGAAAUGGGAGUCUGUGUUAUUCUGCUUGGCUUAGCCAAUAUUUCUGUCCAGCUGGACUGAGCAGACAAAGUACAGAAUAAACUUCAAGUUACCGAUUGUUGAUAUGCAGAAUUGAGAAUCUGAGUAGAUGCCACUGGUUCUCUCUUCCACCUGUUUACACAAUCUGCAGAAAUAUCUCCGUCCUAGACCAGAGCACCCUCUAUCUGGGUCUUAGAGGUACAGAUGUGUAUUUUAAACCUAGGGCUGUAAUUUUCUCUUUUUUAUGUCUAUUGUUCUAGGAUGCAAAGACGAAAGCCAUGGUGAUUAACAAUUGUGCAGUAAAUUCCUUUCCUAAUGCUCUCUGGCUUUCUUACCUUCUCCAUGUUUCACCCUGAUUUUGUCAGGGUAUCUGCUCCCUUAUCUGACUCCUUCUCCUUCUCAUGUCUGAACUGCUGUUAAAUUCUUUGCAAGUGGAAGGAACUUUUGACAGGGUUCCUAAAUCUGGGGCAUGCCCUGAUCUCACGAAAAAGAUGUGAAAAGUAAAUUCUGAAGAAAUAAGAUCUCAGACACUCCUUUGAGGGCUUGAAGGUUGAGGGACGUGGUCAAAGAGAGAGAUCUCCAAGGAGUCGGAGAGAGAUUUCCACCCCCAGAGAGAAGAUCGCUUCUUCCUUUGAUGUAUUUCUGAAACCAAUGUUGGAAACUAUGCAGAGGUGUAACCACGCCUAGGAGCUCUACUCCUUGUAAAGUCCUUGUAAAGUUAGGAAAAUGAGUUCAGGUGAUCCUUGACUUACAACACUUCUUUUAGUUAGUGUUCAAAGUUACAAUGGCCCUGAAAAAAGGGACCGAUGACUGUUUUCCACAAUGAUGACUGUUCCAGCAUCCUUGUGAUCAUGUAAUCAAAAUUCAGGUGCUUGGCAACUGAGUCAUAGUUAUGACCAUUACAGUGUCCCCCGGGGUCACGUUUUGUAACCUUCUGAGGAGCAAACACCACCAUAUUCAUUUAACAACCGUGUUACUAACUUAACAACUAUAGAACUUGACUUAACAAAGGUGGCAUAGAAAGAUUGUAAAAUGGGGCAAAAGUCACUUAACAAAUGUCUCACUGAGCAACAGAAAUUUGGAGCUCAGUUGUGCUCUUAAGUCGAGGAUUACCUGUCUCCCUUUCCAGCUUCAGAGAGAGAGCAACCCUGAAGUCCCACUGACAAGGUCUCCAACCAGUCAAGAAGAGAUGAAACUGCCAUCUGUCAGAAAUGAUGUAAGAUCUCCUGCUUGGGUGAGGGGGGGUUGGACUAAAUGACCUACAAGGUCCCUUCCAACUCUCUGUUAAUCUGUUUAACCUUUUCUCUGCCAUCUUGAAGGUUUCACAGAUGCAAAAGCUAAAGAGAUGUUCCGUUCUUCUGAAGAACAUUCUCUCUCGUUCCAAGCCAGACUCGUUGCUGUAUAUUUAAAAAUGCAGUCCAAUCUGCCUUUAUUUAUUUUAUAUCUCAAUUUUACUUCACCGCCAGAAGAAGAAAAAGACAUUGGCGUUCCUGUCAUUCUUUAAAGUCUAGCCAAGCGAUUGUGUAUGAAUGCAAGGAAUGCAAAAACGAGAAUAUUCUGGUCCCGUUCAGUUUCUUGCUGUUUUCCAAUUAGCAAUGCAGGACCUGUUGCUGCGUGCUCACAAAAUUGUGGCAUGAACUUUUUGAUAUAAAUCAGCAUGUCCUGUAGUCUGCAUGCAUCGAUGUUGAUGUCUAGAAAUUAAUUUUAAAAUAUUAAUGCUGAACAUUUAAAGGAAAAUAGCCAGUCUCACUUCCUGGCCAGACAACUGCAACCACAAGCAUCUCACCUACACUUAAGGUCCAUUGAGCAACGCACUUACGAUCUAGAAUCACAGGCAGCGAUCUGCUGGUCUGCCAUCAUUUUUCUGAAACAGGCACAAAUUUCUAAGGUGGAUAAAUCCGAUGUCCAUCAAAGAGCGGCUAUUUGAGAAGGAAAUGAACUUUACUCACAGGGUGGGAGAUAAGAAAACAAGGGAUCAGCUCCAUCCAUGGACUACCAAGCCGGCACCAUAAAUCAACUAUUGUGUUUUUCCAAGAGGCAAAAUAUUGCUGCUAAUAGCUGCAAAGUGAUGCAUGGUUUGUUGAUGGCUUGCUAAUGUCUCUGCGGUGAAGUGUUUGUGGUUGGAAAUGUUGAAUGCAGGGAGGAAAAGGCUGGAUGAGUGAUAGCAGUUUCAUUCUACCAUUUCUCCCAAGUUGCUCUGUGUGUCGGGACUACAGACAGGCCAGGAGCCCCAAAAUGCCUCCAAUGGCUUUCAAAACACAACCCUUGGGAGAUGCUUGCAUGAUUCAGUCUUCUAGGUCUUCUACUGUUGCCCAAGCCAGGUCCUUUGGGGCCAAAGAACUUCAUCAUAAAAACUUUCAAGGCUGUGGGGUCCUUGGUACUCUUUGAGCUUGGUUGUUUUCUUGCAGACCCAACUAGCUAACUUCAUCAGUGCUAGAAGGGAAGGGAUUUGCUCUCUGUUUACUAGAUGUUACCUAGUUGGGUCAUGAAACGUCUGCUAGAAAACAAACAAGCUUAGAGAACAACAAGGAUCCCACAGCUGAACCCUCAGCUACAAAUGUUCUCUUCUAUCGUUACCUUCCAGCGCAAUCACAGUGACUCAAUGGUUUUGUAACCCAGCCCUGGAGGGAGGGAGAAGCAAUGGACUUCCUUUCGUUUCUUGCUUGAAGUGGGGCCAAUGUCUAUUUUUCCAGCAUGAAUGGCAACUUCAGGGGUAGAUAACAGUUUUAAGGAACCACUUGAUCUCUUUCAUUUGCAGAAGGGAUGGGUCUGGACCUUCCGUGAAAGAGGAGGAAGUAGAGAGAAAGGAUCCACAUUAUACACUUCUUUAGUGUCUAGGGCAGCUGGUGAUCAUGACGAUGACUUGUCUGAUAUUUGAACAUUGAGACACAAUUCUAUUUAUUUGUCCUGUUAGCUAUAGGGCAGAGUCAAGAUAGUCCUUUCCAAUUAAGUGGAAGGCAGUGGGUGGAAAGAUCAAAUACCCCUGGAUAAGAGCCCAGGUUGGCCUGAAAGAACAAAGAGAAAUGUGGCACACUUGAAGGUGUUGGAAGACAUAUCCAUCUGGUUCAAUUCCAAGUGGGGAGAAAGAUGCUGGAAACAUGGAGGCUGAUUGGAAAGAUGGUUUAUUGAUGAAUAGGACCACAUGGGUUUGAAGUCCUGGGCAGCCGACCACAUGGAGUUGAGAGAGAGAGAGAGGCCUUGGGCCUUGCCCUUGAGCUUCCUGUUCCUGUGCAAGAAAUGUAUUCUAUUGCUGUUGCACUCCCAGGGGGCUAUGCAGGGGUCAUAGCUAACUUUUUAGGUUGCCUGAAUUAAUUGAAUUGAUUGAAGCCUGGACUCUCUGAGAUGAUAUAAUGUGGAAGCUUGUGUCCUGAAAGGGAAUUGGGCCAGUCCUGUUGUGUCUUAAUGGCUUUCCUGGUUUGGAACUUGAGCGAGGGUUGAUCCUACCAUUCUAUCUAAUUCUGCCUUUGUUCAAAAUAUCCUUCCUGUCUUGAAUGGAUUACCAAAUCUGCAUUUCUAAAAGCUGGCCUUGGCUUAGUAUCUGCUUGGAGGCAGGGAACUGUGGCUCGGAGUUUCUGUUUCCUUUAAGAUUUCUAUUUCUCUUUUAGGGUGUUGGAAGAAAUAUCCAUCUGGGUUCAGUUCCAAGUGGGGAAAAAGACACUGGAAAUAUGGAGACUGCUUGGAAAGAUAGUUUAAUGGUGGCCACAUGUUCAAGGCGUUGGGUGAAGAACCAGAGAGGAAAGGAGAAGAAGAGAAGAAGAGGGUCGAAGGGCAGAAGGGAUGCUGAGUGCCUGAGUUUAUACUCUCUGUAGGGCCCCACCUUGGUGUUUCCUGUUCCUGUAUAAGAAAUGUACCCUGAUUUGUUGUCAAACUCCCAGGUGGUCUAGGGGUCUUAGCUAACAUUGUAGGUUGUCUCUCAAGCUUGCUUGAGCCUUGCCAUGUGAACAGACAGUUGCUGUGGCUGGUGGCGUGGUAGCUGGACUUCUGCUUCUGGUCCUUCUGGGGAUAGCCGCCUACCUCUUCUGGAAAAGCAAACAUCUCAAGGCCUCCUAUGAAGAACUGACUGAUCCAGUCAACUCAAUUUUUCAAGAGCCAGAUGUUGCUCAAUCGACUUUGGUUCCUCCUCAAAAUGCCAGAGCAAAGAGUGUUCCUUUCAUUGUCCCACCCAAAUUUCACCGACAAGGGUGGACCGAUAUGCUAAACGGAGAACAAAUUCAAGAGGAGAGCGAGCUUUACGUUACCCCGGACUCUGGACCCCGAUCCUCUUUCCAUUCUUUAGCUGGAGCGUACCUUGUAGGUACCAUCAAUCCAGAGCUCUACCGGUUUCCAGAAGACAAGAGUGAGACGGACUUUCCAGAAGGAAACAUUGGUCGGCUUUGGUUCUCUGUAGAAUAUGAGAGAGAGUCAGAAAGGCUCCUGGUGUCCUUGAUUAAAGCCCGAAAGCUGCAGCCUCCUUCUGGUUCCUGCAACCCCUUGGUGAAGAUUUACCUGCUCCCUGAUGAGAGGCGUUACUUGCAAUCUAAAACAAAACGCCAAAAUUUCAAUCCUCAGUUUGAUGAGGAUUUUGUGUUCCAGAUUUCAAGCACUGUUUUAUUUCAGAGGACACUGAAGUUCUGUGUCUACCAUGUUGAUAAACAGAAGAAGCACCUUCUCCUGGGUCAAGUGAUCUUCCCACUGAAAAAUGAAACCUUAGCUGAAGAUGGGAAGGUUGCCAUCUGGAGAGAUUUGGAACCAGAUAACCUGGAGCCACCUUCUGAACAUGGCGACCUCCAGUUCUCCCUCAGCUACAAUGACUACCUGGCCCGGCUCACAGUGGUGGUUCUGAGAGCGAGAGGUUUAAAGCUCCAGAAUGAAAGAAACGGCACUGGUGUGUGUGUUCGAGUGUCACUAAUGAACCACAACCAGCUCAUCAAAAGCAAAAGGACCACAGCAAUCAUUGGAUCCUCCAAUCCAUUAUACAAUGAGACUUUUAGCUUCAAGGUGGACCAGCUGGAGCUGGACGCAACCAGUCUGAGCUUGUCUGUUCUCCCAGGGGAUGAGACCUCCUCCCUGGGCUGUGUGAUUGUGGGGCCCUUCAUGUACACCCGGGGGAAGGAACUCGAACAUUGGAAUGAGAUGAUCAGUAAACCCAAGGAGCUGGUGAAAAGAUGGCACACUCUGUCGCUUAGCAGCUGAAAACUCUCACAAGAGAGCUUCUGUCUCCACAGUGGGUCCAUUUUGAUUCAGUUCGUCACAGAAGUUCUGGGUCUCAGGGAUCAAAGACAAGGGACAACCUUUCUCAAAGAGGCUGAAUCACAUGCUAGUAAAUUAUCUCAGAUGACCCACUGAACAAAAAUAAGAAGACUGCUUGAUCCUAAAAGUGAGAAGAGCCCAUCAAUCACUGAGAAACAUGUGCUGGACGUCUUGCUACUUUUAUCAUAACUGACUUUAAUGGCCUUAACCCCAAAGCUCUGUGAAUUAGUAGUAUAAUACACCCUUAAGUAUAAUUCAGAGCUGAAAUCAAAGGGUUUAAGAGUACCCGUGUCACUGCAGUUUUGCUUUAACCCCUGACAAAUUACAAUUUAUGAAGCACCACUUUUCAAAGGACUCUUCAAAAAUAAUAUUGCAGCAUUCCUGUUGAAAGCAUGACUAUUGAACCAAAUGGAAUAAACACACUUAGUUCAUUUUAGUCAUGUGUUUAUUUAGUCCCAACUCAGAGCAGUGGCUCAGUAGUUAAGAUGGUUAGGAUGCUGGGCUUGUCGGCUGGAAAGCUGGCAGUCCUGGUUGGAGACCCGAGCUCCACAUGAUAGGGGGAGCUCCCAUUCCUUGCUCAGCACCUGCCAAGCUAGAAGUUUGAAAGCAUAGAAAUGCAAGUAGAUAAAUAAGUACCACUUUGGUGGAAAGGUAAUAGUACUUUGUGAUGUCAUGCUGGCUACAUGACCUCAGAAAUGUCCUCGGACAGUGCUUGCUCAAUGGCCUUGAAACAGAGAUGAGCAUUAACCCCUAGACUCAGCAACAGCUAGUUGAGUAAAAUCGUCCUCCCUCCCAUUGGAAAUCUGCUGUCUAAAAUAUUUCCACAGCUUAUUUAUUGUUCAUCUUGGGAACAUAUUUGUAAGAUCUCAUAUAGGAGUCCAGUGAUUAUCAAUAAAGAACUGAAUCACCUGGCAAAGUCAGAAAGAAAUAAGGGUUGGCUAGCUGUUUUAGAGAGCUUAAAUAUUCUAGCUAUCUCCUUGGUGAAGAACGGUUGCAGGAAUUGCGUUUAUCUAGUUUAAUAGAAAUAAACAGUAGGACUGUAGGGGUAACAUAGCCCUCCACUAUUUAAACGGCUGCCACAAAGAAAAGGGGGUCAACCUCCAAAGCACCUGAAGGUUGAACAAGAAGCAAUGGAUGGAAACUAGUCAGAGAGAACCAACCUAGAAAUAAGGAGAAUUUUUUUGACAGUGAGGACAAUGAAUCAGUGGAACAACUUGCCUGCAGAAGUUGUGGGUGCUCCAUCACUGGAGGUUUUGAAGAAGAGAUUGGACAUUUGCCCUCUGAAAUGGUAGCGUUUCCUGCUUGAGAAGGGGUUGGAUUAGAAGACCUCCAAGGGCCCUUCCAACUCUGUUAUUCUGAAAUUUCCAUGGACUUCCCUGCUUACUAUCGACAACAUAAGUGGACAUUCAGAUUUCCAUCAUGAAGUUCUCAGAAAAUUUGAUUAUGCAAUUAAAAGAGAGUGUAAUCCUUUAGUCCUUUCAAUAGGGCGGGACAAUAGUACUCCGUGAGUUAUUUCUCUUCCUUUAGCAACAAUUUACUAAUUAUUUGCCUCCAAUUUUGGCAGAAAAUUGGCAGAUAAACACAAUGAGGAAAACAAGGUAAUCUGAUCUACGGACCCCAGACUGUAAUGUAUGCAUUAUUGGAACCGUUUCCUAUUGUGUGAAGACUUUUUCCAUUCUCAUGCUGUCUGACACAGCUUGGCAAAAUACUGCGGUGAUAAAGGAAGUCUCUUAGCUACUACAUGAUUCUUUUUUUAAAAAAGUUUUUAUUAAUAAUUCAAGUUUUAAAAACAAAAACAAAGGACAUUGCUCAACAUCUCUGGUUUCUAACAUUUACAUCUAAUUCAAAUUAAUAAAUCAUAUAUUUCUCGAUCUAUAUACAAAUUUACAUAUAUCCUUGGCAAAAUUCUUCAUUGAUAAAGGAAGUCUUUUAGCUACUACAUGAUUCUUGAUCAAAUUAUAAACCUCUAAAGCUUGACAACUUUAAGACUGGAGGACUUCAACUCCCAGAAUUCCCCUGGUUGGUUCUCAAAAAAAAAAAGAAAGAACCUCACCUUUUAAUCUGAGAUUCAGUUCAAUCUUAGUAAAUUCUACUUGUGAUCCUUUUGCUAUGGUAACAAAUAGCACAUCCAUUAUUUAAACAAACUUGGGGUGGGGAAGUAUCAAAUUACUUCAGAAACUCCUCUGGGAGUCAACUCAUGAUCUUUUUGUACCUAAUAAUUUAUUCCUUAGCUCAACAGCUCUUGAGCAAAGAAAAAAGAUAAUCAGGAAAUUAAUUGAAACAGGAAAGGGUUUUUUUGUUGUUUUUGUUUGCCAGAACAGGAUACAGUAUUAAUGAGACCAUGCUCUUUUGCAAAAACACAGGAUUUUAUUCUUUGCUGCAUAAUUAUGACUAAAGGAGUUGUGGUAAAGUACCAACAUGCCCUCUACUGGGUGGCUAAUAAAAACUUUACACAUCAUGCUGAACUAAUUUGUCUCAUUUUGGUUUUGCUCCUAUCGUGGGAAUCCAGGCUCUGUGGUAUUUGGACCAUAUUAUGAUGUUCAUUCACCCACGAUUGAGGAUAAGCUUCUCAAUGCUGAUGAUCAGAUAAUACAAAUGUGUCAAUGCACAUUGACACACCAUUGUGGCUAAUGCUAGAAGACUACCAUCCAUUUCAGGCUGGGUCAAAUUCUUGCAAACCCAGUUAGCUGAGGAUCAUUAUAAUAUUGGGAGCCAUAUGGUGGUUUUAGCUCAUGCAUUCUCCUUGUUUUGUAAACCAUGCGCAGGGGUGAUAUCUGAACCCAGCUCAUUAUGUUUUUAUGAACAAAUGGUGAUGAAGCAAAUGAAGACUGGGCUUAUAUUGAUAUAUUGACCAUCAUUUGUGUUGUAAAUGUUGUAUCUUGAUGAAGGUAUCUUUUCUUUUAUGUACACUGAGAGCAUAUGCACCAAGACAAAUUCCUUGUGUGUCCAAUCACAAUUGGCCAAUAAAAAAAUUCUAUUCUAUUCUAUUCUAUUCUCUGCUGCAUUCUGGCUGAUCUAUAGCAAAAGAACAUGUAUAUGAAAUAUCUUUUGAGCCACAUCUAAUACAGUUUGAUA